CGCUUCUCUCUUUCCGCCCUGCGCUGCGGCUGCGCUGUCAGUACCGUCUUCCAGGCCGGGGCUUCGCGUUUCCGACCCCCAGCUCCAGCAUGUGGCUCCGACGGCAGGGCUGCCUCAGGCCGGCAGGCUGUGGCGUGGAGGAGCUACGGCGCCGCCGGCGGGAGCGGGAGGCAGCACUGCGGAAGGCGCGGAGGGAGCAGCAGCUGAUCAGCAAGAGGCUGCUGAGAGACGACGCCCCGGAGGAAGGCGAAGGGGGAUGUGUGGCCGUGAUCCUUGGGCAAGCCGAGAUCCAGCAGUUCCUGCAGCUAGCCCAGCGGGGGACAGAGGAAAAGGAGAGAGGGCGGGCUCUGGUCAGCCUUCGUCGAGGCUUGCAGCACCCCGAGACGCAGCAGACCUUCAUCUGGCUGGAGGGCAGCAUGCGGACCCUGGUCGGGCUCCUGACCAGCAACCAGGCUCUGCUGCAGCUUGAGGCGGCUCGGAGCCUUCAUGAGCUCUCUCAUUCUGAGCAGUCUGCGGUGGCUGAGGCCUGCCUGCCAGCCACUUCCUACCUUCUCACCUACCUCUCCGGUCACAGCUCAGAAUUUCAGGAGCUCUGUCUGUAUACACUGGGUAACCUGAUUGUGGAGAGUGAGGCUGUGAGAAGGCAGCUCCUGCCACAGGGCAUUGUUCCAGCCUUGGCUGCCUGCGUCCAGUCCCCCCAUGUGACUGUGCUGGAAGCCCUUGGAUAUGCCUUGUCCCAGCUUCUGCAGGCUAAGGAAGCUCCAGAGAAGAUCAUCCCCUCUGUCCUCGGCUCCACUCUCCCACAACACAUGCUGCAACUGUUGCAACCUGGCCCAAAGCUGAACUUUGGGGUUGCUGUGGAGUUUGCCUGGUGCCUUCACUACAUCACCUGCAGCCAGGUCAACAAUGCCCUGCUCAUCACCCAUGGGGCUCUCUCCACUCUCGGGCUACUUCUGUUGGACUUGGCUGGGGCUGUCCAGAGAACUGAGGAUGCAGGACUGGAGCUGCUGGCAUGCCCUGUGCUUCGGUGUCUAAGCAACUUGUUAACAGAGGCAGCGGUGGGGGCUGUGGGAGAGCAGAUGCAGCUCAGAGAUGAGCGUGUUGUGGCAGCCUUAUUUAUCCUUCUGCAGUUCUUUCUCCAGAAACAGCCCAGCCUACUUCCUGAGGGCCUCUGGCUCCUUAACAACCUCACUGCAAACAGUCCCAGUUUCUGUACCUCCUUGCUCUCCCUGGAUCUGAUUGAGCCCCUCUUACAGUUGUUGCCAGUAUCUAAUGUGGUGAGCGUAUUGGUGCUCACAGUUCUUUGCAACGUUGCAGAGAAGGGUCCUGCUUACUGCCAGCAUCUGUGGCCAGGGCCUCUGCUCUGCUCCUUGCUGGGCACACUGGCCUUCUCUGACACUGAAGUAGUAGGCCAGAGUUUGGAGCUGCUGCAACUGCUGUUCCUCUAUCGGCCAGAGGCUGCCCAGGCCUUCCUACAGCAGUCAGGGCUGCAGGCCCUGGAAAGGCAUGAGAAGGAGGCACAGCUCCAGGAUCGUGUGCAUGCUCUCCAGCAGACAGCUCUUCACAGCUAAGCCUAAGCCAAGACCUUUGGACCCCAGCUCUUCUUUUACCCAGCAGUGUCCAUGCUGGAGGACCAGAGGGAACUCAGUGUGGCCUACUUAUUCUGGGGCCCUGGGAUCUCCUUUCUUUUUUUUUUUUUUUUUUGCUUCAGCAGCUAGUGGCCUUUGAUGGGACAGAAUAAAGUUUUAUUUUUAUAUUAAA